AUGAUGUUGAGGGAAGCCAGUAUAAGUUUGCUUCUUUAUUUUAUGGCACUAAUAUCAGUGGUGAAUUGUGCACUUAACAAUGAUUGGAAUACGCUAUACUCAUUCAGCGACGGGAAGGUUUAUUUGCACUUGAAGAAUAAUGAUUUGGUGUCGUUGAAUUUUUCUGUGUCGGGGUUUAAUGACAUGGAGGAUUCCAAGUACACUGAAAAGCAAUUGAACUUGCAAAACGGGCAACAGGUUGAAAAGUUGGCCACGCCUCCAGUCAAUACAUCGCUUGUGUUGGUACAGGAAGAAUUAUAUGGGUUUAAUGCCGUCAGCGAGGAAGGCGGUAGUGUCGAUGGGUGUGGGAACGGGGUAUUGAACUUAAUCAGGUAUGAUCGAGAUUCCGACAAAUGGGAAACAGUAUCGGGACUUGGGUACGAUGACAUUGCGGAUGCCUCAUUCUACCAGCACUCGACGUACUUGAGUGCUCCUAAUGACGACAUUAUAUACAUAUAUGGUGGGGUAUGCGAGUCCAGUGAGAAAGUUUCGAAUCGAAUGAUUUCUUUCGAUAUCAACAAGGCCAAGUUUUCCAAUAUAACUACUUCUACCAAACCACAGGCAUUCUACGGCGCAACUAACUUGUUGGCACCAAACCCACAGACACAAUUGGUAAUCGGAGGACAGAGCAAUAACGGAUGGUUGAAUAUGUAUCAAUUGGCGACAUGGGAUUUUUCGUCUGGAUGGUCAUUCAAGCAAGUUUCCGAUGCAGAAAAGUCGACAGAAGUGAAUUCAAGGAGGUUUCCAUUAGCAUUACCUAUUUUCGACCCAUUGACGAACAAUUCGAACGAAGCCUUCACCAAUUUUUAUAACGUAAAAGAAGUUUUAUUGAUAGGAGGGGAAUUAUUAGAUACUGACUCUUCACCGGUGUUUGCCAAGUUAUCAACAAGCACUAAUUCUUGGACCUGGGAUUCAGCUGAUAACAGUGGAUUGGGUUACGAUGAAAUUUUGGGUGGAGUUACCAUAUUUGAUACGUUGGUUAUAAUCAACUCAACCAGGUCCGUGAACAAAAGAGACACAUCUGAUCAGUACACAAUUAACUUGUAUGACGUUCAUUCAUUUGAAGCGAUUGAAAAUAUCAAGGAUAACACAGAAUCAAAAGAUUCAGGCAACGACAGUUCAGAUGUUACAAAAAAGGCGGUGUUAGGUACUGUAUUACCGGUGUUUGCAAUUGCAAUGGCCAUAACGACGGCAUUUUUCAUUAAGAGAAAACGGAAACAAAAUGCAAACGACGAUAACAAUGAUAUGGAUUAUCAAUUUGGUACAUAUUAUGACCAGGAAUCUGCAUUAAACCAGAGAGCCAGAAGGAAAUCGAACCCCUUUGAUAACGAUACAAGCUCUACAUUGGAUGCUGCAUCUAUAGAUUCAUGGGUUAAAAAGAGACAACAGUUUGACGAAAAAAGAACAAAAACCAUACGAAACAGCUACCUUGCCUCAAACGAAACCCUUAGCAGUAACUCGUCUCAUCUUACUAAAUCCACUGACGACGAUCACGAAAAAUUGGAAAAUAAAAUCAUAACAAAGCCAGAACCAUCCCCAUUGCAGACAAAUUUAGUCAAUAGGUCUGUCUCUAAGUUGAAGAAAUCCUUCUCCAUGUCCAGCACGCCCACAACCCCAGUACUCAGCCAUGAAUACGGAUCCAUAAAGAAAAAGAAGAGUACCAGCACCUUGAAUCACAAACCUGUUUCUACCAGCCCGUUAAGUGACGACGAGGCUGAUGUCGUCAAGGCAGCCAAUAUUACGGACCUUGAUACUUCACGCGAAAAUAUAAAUGAUGAAGAUUCAGAAUCCGAUGCUUCCGUUGAUGAUAAGAUGGACGUCCAAGUAUUAGUAUCAUCGAAAAGAAGAUCAGUGUUAAGAAUCGUGAAUCCUGAUUUAGAGACCAUUAAUGAUGAGAACGAAGAAAAUGAAUAUUUGGAAAAUGAUUUUGAAGAUAACACUGCGUCAAUUAAUGACCGUGAGGAUACAAGUAUACGGCAAAGGGUUCCAUCAGGUGAUAGAACUUUAGAGGAUGACUAG